AUGACGCAGGCUAGGGUCGCCAAGACCUGCAGAGGAAGCGAGAGGAUCGCUGCCUUCCAGCAGGCCAUGCAGCUGACUCAGCGCGUGCUCAGCUUCGCUCUCCCCACCGACGCCACCCUUAGGGAGCGCAUGACCAGGUACCACCACACGGCGCAGCAAGUACAGGAGUACUGCGAGAGCGCGGCCAAGGAGGCCUCGCCCAAGCAGCGCGAGAGCCCAGCACCGGCAAGGCCACUGUCUUCGCCCCCUAGGUCGCCGAUCAAGCAGCAGGCGUCGCUCGGCACUCCUCCCUCUUCCUCCCCUCAAGUCACUCCUCCUCCUGCUGCCCAAUACAACGUUCCGGAAUGGGCCUUCAAUAGCGAGGCCGGUGAUAAGGAGGACAUGGCCGGUGAGGAUGACCUCGACAAGCCGUGGUGGGAGCGAAGCGCCAAGGUGACCAGCCUCGACGUGCGCAACAAGGAGAACUGUGCCAACUUCGAUCCGAAGGUGGUCCCGGCGAAGAAGCUGUCACUGGCCACCGUCAAGCGGCUAGCUGCCAGCACUCCGACCAAGCCGCGCGUGGCCAAGGACGCUGCGACCGCUACCCCGCCGCCCAAGACGACUGCCGCCAAGAAGCCCAGCAAAGCGGAAAUUGCUUCGCCAGCGCCUAGUAAGCAUCGCAUCGACGUGGCCUGGGACCGCGACAACGUUGAACAUCUCACUCUGCGUUGCGCUUUCUCUCGCGCUGCCAACAUCUUGCACGCAGACGGGAAGGAGAACAAGGCCAGCAAGCCCGAAGACGCUGCCGCGUCCGACGACCAAAAGCCCGGCGAUGAGUCACUCAAAGGCGUGGAUCCGCGCUUGGUGGAGUUGAUCGAAAACGAGAUCGUGUCGGACUGCGCCAACGUUACCUGGGAGGACAUCAUGGGUUUGCACGGAGCGAAGAAGGCGCUCAAGGAGAUGGUCAUCCUGCCGAUGGAGCGACCGGACUUGUUCGGCGGCCUCUGCGAGCCCGCUCGCGGCUUGCUUCUGUUCGGGCCUCCCGGUAAUGGAAAGACAAUGCUUGCCAAGGCACUUGCCAACAAGUCUAAGGCCACCUUCUUCAACAUCUCGGCGUCUUCUCUUACCUCGAAAUGGAUUGGCGAGGGAGAAAAGUUGGUGCGCGCCCUGUUUGCGGUCGCCAACGCACGACAGCCUUCGAUCAUCUUCAUCGAUGAGAUCGAUUCCCUUCUUUCGUCGCGGAGCAACUCCGAGCACGAGGCGUCGCGAAGGUUGAAGAACGAAUUCCUCAUUCGAUUCGAUGGCGUCACCUCUGCCGGCCCAGGCGAGCGAGUCAUUGUGAUGGGCGCCACGAACCGCCCGGAGGACUUAGACGAGGCCGCGCGGCGAAGGCUCGUGAAGAGGAUUUAUGUGCCGCUGCCCGGAGCAGAUGGACGCCGACACCUCAUCAAGCACCUCAUCAGGAACAAUCACGUGGCGCUCAGCGACAGGGACCUCGACGAUCUGGCCCACCUGACCGACGGCUAUUCGGGCAGCGACCUCACCGCCCUGUGCAAGGAGUCCGCAAUGGAGCCCCUGCGAGAGCUGGGCGAUGGCCUGAAGCAUGUGCGAAAGGAGGACAUCCGGCCGGUGUCAAAAGCUGACUUUGUGCGCUGCACCAGAGUUGUACGUGCGUCUGUGUCGAAGGCGUCGCUGCAGGCCUUCGAGGACUGGAACGGCGAGUAUGGUUGUACCGGCUAG